UUUUGACUGUCUGGGGUCCGUGAGACUUUAAGCUGUUUGGAUACAGUAUAUAAUAGAGAGCAUGUCGUUUGUAAUUAUUGAAGAACGCUGACUGGUUUGAGUGUGUAAAAAUGUACGGCGUGUUGCUGCUGGCUUUGGUGUCCCUCGCAGGGGCAGCGCCCUUCGUUCCUGAGGCAGCGCGGGCCUUGUACAACCCCGGACUGUGGGAAGGGGACAUCAAGGGCGUGGCAGGACAGAAACCCGGGGAGGAGAAAUCGGCUAUCAUAGGAGAUCAAUUCUUGUGGACAGAUGGUGUUAUUCCUUAUAUUCUCGCUGGAGGUUCAGACGCGGAGAUCGUAGCCGCGAUGGACGAAAUCAUGUCUAAGACUUGUAUCAAGUUCAUCCCGCGGUCCGUCGGGGAACACAAUUACAUACGCAUCACGACCAACGGUGACGGGUGGUUUGCUUGGUCUACGUGGGCAAGUGAUGGACCGGGGGGCAGGAAGAUCUCCUGGCGUCCCGUUUUUCGCAAACGGGCUGCAUCUACACGGCACGCAUAUCCCAAGGUCAUGCACGCCAUCGUGAAUUCCUCCACGGAGCACAACCGCAUGGUCACCGAGGACGAACCUACAGCCGUUCCGGAUCAAGUCUAUCAGAUUAUCGAUCCUUUGUUACGUAGGACCAGAAGGCUUACAAAAGUGACAUUUAGCAGUCAAUGGGCACUACGCGAGUUGUACAGCCUCUCUCUAACCCAGCUGGGCGCGGUGCUGGAGACCAUAGCGUGCCUCUCCAAGGACGGCGUAGACCGCUCACGGACUCCGGCCCUGUACGAGAGUCCCCAAUUAAUAAAUUUUCUGCACCAUGUGUCUUCCGAUGUUUCGCCCUCGCCCCCGAUUUUUCUCUUUUCAGUUAGAAAUUGUAACGCAGCCCGGCCCCCCUGCGCAGUCAAGGCGUGGGAAUACGAGAAUGUGUUUCAGAUCUUUGGAGCGUAUAUAAGAUCAUGUGCUGAAUGUAUCUUACUGGUUGCUGAAAGUUCACGCCUUCAGUUAGAUCAUGUUCGGAAUAUUGCUGUUGGCCGUGGUGGCCGCUGCAGGGGCGGCGCCGGAGGUCCCCGCUGCGGCGAGGGCGCUCUACAACCCCCACCUGUUCGAGGGAGACAUCAAGGGCGUGGCGGGCCAGAAGCCAGGGGAGGAACGGUCAGCCAUCAUAGGAAACGAGUACCUUUGACAGGCGGCGUUGUCCCCUACGUGAUCGCUGGCUUGUACGAGGACUACAUCCUGGCGGGCAUGCAGGAAAUCAUGGACAAGACCUGCAUUAGGUUCGUCGAGAGAACCACCGAAGCGAACUACAUCUACAUCACUACGAGUGGCGCUAGUGGCGGAGGCUGUUGGUCUUACGUGGGCAUGAUGGGCGGCUGGCAGGAGGUGUCCUUGGACCAGUACGGCUGCAUCUACCACGGCACCAUCAUCCACGAGCUCAUGCACGCCAUCGGCUUCUUCCACGAGCAAUGCCGGAAGGACCGCGAUCAAUACGUCUUGAUCAAUUAUGGAAACAUCGAUCCAUCCAUGGCCUACAAUUUCGACAUCGAUCAGAACUCCCAGUACGUGGGCGAGGACUACCAGUACGACAGCAUCAUGCACUACGGCAAGUACGCCUUCUCCAUCCAGUGGGGCGUGCUGGAGACCAUCGUGCCUCUCCAGGACGGCGUAGACCUCACGGACCCCUACGACAAGGCCCACAUGCUGCAGACCGACGCCAACCAGAUCAACAACCUGUAUGCCUCCGAGUGUGCCAGGAGGAACGACUGAUGUAGCGGACUGACGGAGUGUUUAUGAGGAUGCCACUGACCUUUUGAAAUGC